GUAUGAACUGUGUGCGGGGAUAUGGAAUCAACUUACAGGGGAGUUUUUUUUCCCAACUUUUGAGCAUUUUGAAUUAAAAUCUGAUGACGAAGUUUUUCAAUUGAAGUCCAUGAACAAAUAUGUCACAGUAUUUUUGCUUGUCUUUAAAAAAUUGGCCACAUAGUGCACCAGGGUCAAAAGUGUCUUUUCAUGUUGUUGUUUAACACUGUUAGUGCUCAAAAUGAACUAGUGCUAUAUUAGGCAACAAAUUCUGACCAAGUGUCAAAUAGGGUUUGGUAGGGUUGAAUAAGGAUUUCUCUCUCCAGUCCCCCAAUCCAAUAGCGACCGAGGGGUGAGGGCGACAUGAGCCGCCGCCGCCGCCCACCCUUGCCGUUGUCGCCGGAAGUGGUGCAUCCGCUGGAUGUCGACGAUCUCCUCCAUGAGAUCAUGCUGCGCCUCCCACCGCAGCCGCCCUACCUCCUGCGUGCGUCCACCGUCUCCAAGCGCUGGCGAAGCCUUGCCACUGACCCCAAGUUCCUCCGCCGCUUCCCCAUCCACCACCAAAAGCCGCCCCUUCUAGGCGUCUUCUCAUGUACUAGGGGCGGCAUGUCGUUCAGUUCCACUCUGGACCCGCCCUACCGCAUCCCUCCUGAGCGCUUCUCCAUGCGCCCACGUAUCAGAUCCAGCCAGAUGUGCCUCGACGUCCGCCACGGACGCGUGCUCAUCAACGACGACAUGCGGAGUCGGGUAAUUGUGUGGGACCCCAUCACUGGUGACCGCCGCGUUGUGGCCUUUCCGCCGCAGUUCAGCCACAUGGGGAUACACAGUGGGGCGGUGCUCUGCGCCGCCGGCGACCGGGGGCACGUGCAUGGCGCCUGCCACUCAAGCCCUUUUAAAGUGGUUGCGAUCAUCAGCAACGAGCACGACGAUGAUCUUUCGGAUGAAGAUGAUGAUUAUGAACCAGAAGUAUUGGCUAGUGUUUACUCCUCCGAGACUGACAUGUGGAGCGAUCUCAUCUCAACAGGUUUUCUGGGCAGGGGUAUUGACAUCUCUCUUCGCAGCACACUUGUUGGUAACACCCUUUACUGGCUGCUGGAAAGCACUUUCAUGCUUAAGUUUGAUUUGGAGGCACAGAGAGCAGCUGUGACCGCGAGGUUUGCUGGUGCUCCUCGCGGUGGCAAUCUUCAGAUCAUCCAGGCAGAGGAUGGCACUGUUGGCUUUGCUGCUUUGUGCGACUUCCAUUACCGCCGCUGCUUGGAAAUCUGGGACAGGAAGAUUGAUUCUUAUGGAUUUCCCACGGGCGUGUUGCGGAAGACUGUUGAACUGCAGAAGAUUCUUGGAUUGGAGUCUAGGAUUGAUGGCAAAUCAUAUAUACUGCACUAUAUGGAGGAUGUUCAGGCAAUCUUAUUGCAGGUGCACUCAUCUGUCUACAUGAUUCAGCUUGAAUCAUUGCAGCCUAAGAAACUUUUCGAAAUCACAGAUAAUUGCAUCUAUCGUCCUUUCACAAGUUUCUAUGCCGAAGAGGUGCCAUUAGCAGUUUGAAGCAGGAGCAGCUUAUCUCUGGAUGAUGUGCCCAGCCUGGGAUGCGACUGAAGUCUGAUUAUGUCAAUGUGUAUGGCUACAUGUACUGCAGCUGUCCUGCG